AUGCACAAGCAGAGAAUGAAAAAAGCGGCAGCAGAAAAACAUGCAAAACUAAAUGAACAAGAAAUAGAGAUUUCAAUUUUCAUCGAGAAUCAAAAUUGCUUUAUUAUUAAAAUUUUAAUAAAAUUGUUUUCCAACAGCGUGACAAGUACCAAAAGCAGAACGUUAGCGAAAGAAAGAGAAGAAUUUUAA